AUGCCGAAAACAAAUCACUCAACAUUAAAUUAUUCUCAUACGUUGGAAUACGACGAUGCGAAUGAUGAUAAUAAUGAUGAAGACGAAGACAUUAGUGAUAAUGAAUAUAACAACGAGAGUACCAACAGAAUAGAUCAACAUCUACCUAGUUUAACUCAAAUUUUUAUUGUUUCACGUUUAAUUGGAAAACGUAUAUUUCAUCUUAGUCGAACAGGUACAAAAAAAUUUUACAACAAAAUACGACAGUAUCAGGAAUUAUCUCAAAUUGAUAAACCUGAUGAUAUUAAUUAUGGAUCUCGAAUGGGUAAAUCAGCUGAAAUUCUUUGUAAAUUUGCAGCAAUUGCUGAAUUAAUCAAGAUAACAAUUGAAAUUUUAAAAAUUCUUCGUGAUCAAAAUCAUCUUCAUCAUAAUGAUACUAGUCUUACUUUUAUUCGAAAUGCAACAUAUAUAAUUGAAAAUAAAUAUCCAUCAACAAAUACGGUUUUGGAAAUUACAUCACCUAGUUGUCGUUUGGCUGGUCAGCUUUUAUGUAGUCAUUUACUUAAAAUGUUAUUUGCAUUUUAUAAUGUUAAUCCUGUUCUUUCUAAUGAAGAAAUAAAUAUGAAUCCAACAACAUCAAUUCAAUCAACAAUCAACAACAUUCGACAACGUAUUAUCGAAAUGCCACAAUUAAUUUUUCAUAAAAGAGAUUUAACAGGACCAAUGGGAUUAUUACGACAUUUUCCAACAGAUUUGGUUAAUUCAGCUCUCACUGAACUUGCAAAUUAUGAAUUAAUACGACAAGGACCAUUCAUAACCACUGCGCGACGUGCUACCAUAUUUAUUGGAUCUUAUCCAUCAGAUACCGUUUUAACUAAUUCACUAAAACGAAAUAUGAUUGAUCAAAUAUUGAAUGAUAUAAAUAUUGAUUUAACAAUUUAUAUGCAAUUAUUAGCCAACAGUACUAUUAAAGACAAACAAAUAAUAACAGUUACUGCCAAACAACUUUUAAUGCUACCAGAACACAAAUCUUUAUAUGACAAAUUAAAACAAAAGUAUCCCGAACGUCAUUUCGAAAAUAAUAUAACAAUAAAUUCUAAUGACAAUUUAAAUAAUCCUGAUAAUCAUUUCGUAAAUAAUCCAAUUGGAACUGAUCAAUCAACAAACAAUCAACAAAUACUACCAAUAUCACCGGAAGAAACUUCAAAUCAUCAAAUUCUUUAUCAAUCUUCCAAUUUAUUCAAUCAAUUACCCAUACAAUCACAAACCAUAUUUCAAAAUGAUCAAGAUAGCCAUGACAUAUCAACUUCUGACAACGCCGAUGAAAUAUCAAUCGUAUUUCAACAUUCACAAGAAAAUACGAUUAUUGAACAAAUUGAUACAUUUCCUAGUUUGCUUAACACACUUCAUCAUAAACAAGAAUUCAUAUCCAUUCCACUAUCGACACAUCAUUUUAAUACAAAUACAUCUUCUAUUUCUGAUGAAACAUUUUCUAAUACGCAACAAAACGAUAUGAUUGAAAGAUCAAACGAACAGUCAUUGAAUUCUAAUGAAAAUUUAAACGACAAUAAUCAAAUAACGAUUGAUAAUGACCAAAACAAUAUUAAUCCAAUAUAUUCACGAGAAAUUCAUAAUCUUACAUCAGACGUGGAAGUACAAAAUAUAACAUCUCCAAUUACCAAUAUUUUAUUACCAACAUCAUUGAUGCUAGAUAUUGUUGAUCAAAUAAUAUCUAAUAAUUCUAAUGAAAGUACUUCUAUAACAUCUACUCAACCUCAAACUAUUCACAUAACCGGUAUGAAUACAGUUUGUUUUUCUAAAACGAAUACAUCCUCACUAAAAAUUAUUUUUCACUAUCUUUCUGUUAUUUUAAAUAUGAUAUUAAAAGAACAACAUUUUAAAUCACUCUUCCCAUUUAGAUAUCAAUAA